AUGUGGGUCAAGGGGAGGUUGGUAGGCAGGAUCUACGCAGAUACUGAAUUUAUCAUUAAUUUGCAGUUACAACCUAAGGACUUCACUCUUCUAGCUCGGAUACUCUACAUGGACCCCGGCGACGGGGUAUGGGGGGAGUUUGAACUAGACUAUGUGUUAAUUCUUCAGAAGGACGUAGAUAUUAAACCCAAUCCCGAUGAAGUAGCUGACAUCCAAUACGUGCCAAGAAACAAAUUUGACAAUUUCAUCGCAAAUCUAAAAUAUCCCGUGACACCCUGGUUCAAACUGAUGUACCGGCACAUGCUGCCCUACUGGUGGGACAACCUGCACAGGCUCGACGAAAUCGCUGAACCACAAAAAAUACGAUCCUUCGUUAAAAAACUGUAAUGUUAUAAUGUAAUAGUAUUCUUAUUAUUAAAGAAAUAUGUAAGUA